AUGGAAAAUUUGAAGCCCAAGGUCCUUCUAUUUGACAUUGGCGGUGUGUGUGUUAAAUCACCAUUCCAAGUAAUCUUAGACUAUGAACUUGGGUUAGGAAUCCCGCCCGGCUGGGUGAACUACUCCAUUUCGAGAUCUGGCCCAGCCGGAUCCUGGCAGCGGAUAGAGAGAGGGGAUAUUCCUAUGGAUGAUGCCUUCUUUGAAGGAUUUAACAGGGACUUGCAUUCCCAGAGCUUAUGGGAAGAAUUCUACAAGACGCAGCAGGCGAAGAACCCACACCUAGCCAAAGAAACCCCUCCGCUGCCGAAGAUUGACGGAAAGUGGCUAUUCAAUGAGAUGAUGUCUGGUUCAGGUCCAGAUUCGUAUGAUCCUUGGAUGUUUCCGGCUUUGCAAAAGCUCAGAGACAGCGGCAAGUAUAUUCUGGCGGCGCUGAGCAAUACAGUCAUCUUCCCACCUGGCCACAAGCUGCACAAGGAAAACUUUUAUGAUGAGCCGGUCCGCCAAAUGUUCGACGUCUUCAUAUCGUCAGCCCACGUUGGAGUCCGGAAACCAGAUCCAAAAAUGUAUCAACUCGCCUUAGAAAGGCUCAAUAGCUUUGCCAAGGAGAACGCAUGCGACCCAAAACAUCAAGGAAAAGGCUGGGAGACUGGCAUUUCGCCAAAGGACAUUGUUUUCCUAGAUGACAUUGGCGAGAAUUUGAAAGAAGCGCGCAGGCAAGGGUUCAAUACCAUUAAAGUUCCCCUAGGCAGAACGUACGAAGCUGUCGAGGAGUUGGAGAAGAUCACAGGGCUGUCACUGGAAGGGCUGCAUCCAAAAAUACCCGUCAAGCCGAAAUACCGCGAACCUCGAGCCAAGAUAUAA